ACACACGUCACACAUUCAAACAGCAGCCGAGGCGCAGAAAGGCAGCUUGCCGGGCUGGUCGCGCGCUCACUCCCGAGCAGGGGCAACACAGGAGCGCGGAGGCUGGGGGAACCUUCAGUGGGGAUUUUUUUCUUCUUUCCACGUGCAUGACCGACACCGUAGAACCCUCACGGAGAAUACUAGCGAUGUGGACCGACAUCGGGAAACUCGUGCUGCUUCAUUUAUUACUCCUGGAGCUCCGCGUCGCUAAAGGAACUCAUACUGAGUCGGAGUGUGAAACAGGGCAGUUUCAGUGCAACAACGGAAGAUGCAUCCCCAGCCUUUGGAGGUGUGAUGAUGAUGAUGAUUGCUCAGACAACAGCGAUGAGGAGAACUGUCCAAAGAAGACCUGCGCCUCCACAGACUUCACAUGCAAGAAUGGUCAGUGCCUCCCGUCAAAGUGGCGCUGCGAUGGAGAACCGGAGUGUGCAGAUGGGUCAGAUGAAGCCGACGCAAUCUGCAGCCGACAGACUUGUCCCCCAGAGAAGUUUGAUUGCGGAGGGGCUGCCAGCAAAUGUGUUUCGUUGUCAUGGCGAUGCGACGGAGAGAGAGACUGUGAGAACGGAGCUGAUGAAGAGCAGUGUGCCGCAGAUGCCAAGGCCUGCGCCUCCAAAGAUUUUCAGUGCCGCAAUGGGAAGUGCAUAGCCCCGACCUUCGUCUGCGACGGCGACAACGACUGUGGCGACUCCAGCGACGAGGAGAAGUGCUCCUCCCCGACGUGCGGCCAGCAGGAGUUCCGCUGCAACAACUCCGAGUGCAUCCCCACCCUGUGGAGCUGUGACGGCGACCCGGACUGCAAGGACAAGUCGGACGAGUCCGCCGAGCGCUGCAGCCGCGGCAAAGAGCCCCAGAAGCCCCGCUGCCCCGUCGGCGAGUUCCAGUGCGGGAGCGGGGAGUGCGUGCACGCCAACUGGAAGUGCGACGGCGACGCAGACUGCAAAGACAAAUCAGACGAAGAGAACUGCCCCUUGCUUACAUGCCGACCAGAUGAGUUCCAGUGCGGUGACGGCAGCUGCAUUCAUGGCUCCAAACAGUGUAAUAAAGUUCACGACUGUCCAGACUACAGCGACGAGGCUGGAUGUGUCAACAUUACAAAAUGUGACGGUCCAAAGAAGUUCCGCUGUAAAAACGGGGAGUGUAUCGACAGCAGCAAGGUGUGUGACAACGUGAAAGACUGCAAGGACUGGUCCGAUGAACCACAGAAGGAGUGCGGUCUGAACGAGUGCGCAGACAACAAUGGAGGCUGCUCCCACAUCUGCAGGGACCGGAGAAUCGGCCACGAAUGCGACUGUCCUUCAGGGUACAAACUGCUGGACAAAAAGACUUGUGGAGACAUAGACGAGUGUGAGAAUCCAGACGCCUGCAGUCAAAUCUGCAUCAACUACAAAGGCGAUUACAAGUGCGAGUGCUACGAAGGCUACGAGAUGGACCCUGCCUCCAAGACCUGCAAAGCCGUGGGAAACAGUCCGUACCUGAUGUUUACCAACCGCCACGAGAUCCGCCGCAUCGACCUGCUCAGGAGCGAGUACACGCAGGUCGUCCCCACCCUGAAGAACGCCGUGGCGCUGGACGUGGACGUGUCCACCAACAAGAUGUUCUGGUGUGAUCUGUAUCACCGUAAGAUAUACAGCGCUUACAUCAACAAGGCCAGUGACUCCUCGCAGCAGGUGACUCUGAUCGACUCGCUGCACUCCCCUGAGGGUCUGGCUGUGGACUGGGUCCAUAAGAACAUUUACUGGACCGACUCGGGCAACAAGAGCAUCUCUGUCGCCACGGGAGACGGCAGGAAGAGGAAAGUGCUCAUAGCUACAGAGCUGAGCGAACCGCGCGCCAUCGCGGUGGAUCCAAACCAAGGGUUUAUGUACUGGUCAGACUGGGGAGAGCAGGCCAAGAUCGAAAAAGCUGGCAUGAAUGGGGUGGACAGACAAGUCCUGGUGUCUGAUCACAUCGAGUGGCCCAAUGGAAUCACUCUAGAUUUGUCCAACAGGCGUCUCUAUUGGGUGGACUCCAAGCUGCACCUGCUGUCCAGCGUGGAUCUGAGCGGCGGGAACCGUAAAGUGCUGCUGUCUUCCCAUCACCAUCUAGGACACCCCUUCGCCCUCACCGUCUUUGAGGAUCGAGUCUUCUGGACCGACUUGGAGGACGAGGCUAUUUACAGUGUAAACAGACUAACCGGACACGAUGUGGCGAAGGUGGCAGAAGACCUCAACAACCCUCUGGACCUCGUGGUGUUUCAUGAGCAGAGGCAGCCCAAAGCUCCUGAUACGUGCAAUAUGGGGAGUUUACCCAACGGGGGCUGUGAGUAUCUUUGUCUGAAAGCCCCCCAGAUCACAGACCACUCCCCCAAAUACACCUGUGCGUGUCCUGACGGCAUGGAGCUGGGACCUGACAUGAGGCGCUGUGCUGUGGUUCGAUUGAGGACAACCACAACAGCAGCACCAACUACAACAACACCACCAACCACAACCACUACCACCAGUACUACAACCAUUAGCACCACUGUUCGCACUACAACCCCCUCCACCACAACCACCACCACCACCACCACCACCACCACGCCUGUAGUUACCACACAAAGCUCCACAACCAGACAACCGCCGCCUCAGACUACCAGACGCUUCACCAGCACGGAGGACCCUUGGAGCCCCACUGCAACGAGUACAGAGGCGGCCGCGGCUGUCAGGCCCACGUCCACGCACACGGCGCCGCUGGCCCCAGCAGCCCCUGACAGCAGUCAAAGAGAGGCCAACGCCAACCUCUCCCACAGAGCAGCAAGUGAUCACUACCUCAUAGGGAACAACAUCACAGUGGCUGUUCUGGGAAUUGUCAUUCCCAUCGUGGUCAUUGGAUUACUCUGCACCGGCGGGUACCUGGUGUGGCGGAACUGGCGGCGCAAGAACACCAAGAGCAUGAACUUCGACAACCCCGUCUACCGCAAAACCACGGAGGACGACGACGACGAGAUCCACAUCGGCCGCCACAGCGAGUCCAUCGGGCACGUCUACCCGCCCCGCGUGGCACUCAGUCUGGAGGACGAUGGGUACCCCUGAUGUGGGGGGAGGGGCAGGAUUUUUACAAUCUCCCCCUCCCCCUUUCCUACCUGGCCCGUCUUCCCGCCACCGCCUCCACACCUGUACACAGAGGCCAGUAUGACACAGAGGAGGCGAGUCCUCGCUCUGCCUCCACAUUUCAGGAGCAGAGAUGGCAUCAUGGGAAUUCCCUUAGUUCUGAUUACCAUUACUAGCAAUUAUUACUACUACUACUACCAUUAGUACUAGAUUACUAUCCUCUACUGCUGUCCUUCUUCCACCUUUUCUUAACUGUAGUGGUGUGUUCAGUCCUGCUUGAUGAUCGGUCGCACUAACCUCAUUUGACUGAAUGGAAAGGCUGCUGUGGGGGUGGGAGUUCAAAUUCUGUUUUUUUAGUAUUUAUUCAGUCAGUUUGUACUUUUUCAGAACACAGCAGGUUUGUUUAAAGACACACCUUCUUCUUUUGGAAAAAAUAGAAGCCUUCGUCCUUUUUCAGGCCUUCAGCUGUGCCCCGACAUACUGUGAAGCUAAAUUUAGUCACGAGAAUAAAAAAAGUGGAAAGCCUAAAUGAUAAGGAUAAGGACGCCUCUUCACCACUUUUUGACAUUGUGGGUGUCCCCAACUGGUUUUUGACGUGCUGGCUGUUAGUUUAAUUAAGGGUCCGCAACCUUCAGGAAACAUCCGGUACCACUACCCAAACCCGGUACCCUAACGUUGCCUCAGACGCAGUACCGGACCCGAGACAGCACAAUAUGCUUUGAGUUACCAGUGCACCCCACGUCCCCGUAUACAGGGACAUGGACCGCACCGGUAACCUGACCCAGUACCGGUAACCUAACCCAGUACCAGCACUGGGUUUCUUUCUACAGGGACUCUGAACGCACCGGUACCCUAACCCAGUACUGGGCACAAACCAGUACCGGGUUAGGGUACCAGUGCGCCCUGUGUCCCCAUAUACUGGUACUAGGUUAGGGUACUGGUACUGGGCUAGGGUACCGGUGCAGUCCCAGUACCAGUGCCGGUACCCUAAACCUUUACUGGGCAUGAACCGGUACCAGGUUAGGGUACCGUUACUGGGUUAGGGUAGUGGUGCGCCCCGCGUCGCUGUAUACCAGUACAGCAUUAGGGUACUGGUGCGGUCCUUGUACCCUAUCCAAGUACCGGGCUCAUAGUGUGCAGGGACUGGGUUAGGAUACCGGUGCACUCCGCGUCCCGGUAUUGGACUGUUCCGGUUGGGAAUCUGAUUUAAUGGGAUCAACCAGCACAUCAAAAAAACGAUGAGCUGAGGACACCCAAAUCGUCAAAAAGUGACGCGGAGAGGUCCUUAACCAAACAUCAAUCUGUGAUGAGUUUGGAGUGAGAAUGUGUUGAAAUAGCAGCUAAGUGUGUUAAAAAUAAGAAUUUGUGGAUAAAAUGAAACUUCAGUGAAGAUGUAGAAGGCAGUACAGGUGCUGCUGAACAGAAGCCUUUCCCUUUCCCCCUCUCUCAGAGAGUGACAUAAAUAUUGAUGGGUUUAAAACAGCUGCCAGAGGGGAGCUUAAACUCUACCUAAAGUAUUUAUGCUCCGAAUCGAUAGCUCCUCUCUCAAUUUGACAUGAUUGACAGAUAUCAUCGUUAGCACUUGCACAGUGCACACAUUAGUGGCCUCGUUGCCCCGGCUUCACAGGCUUCGAGUUUCUCUGCAUGAAAGCGUAACCGGGUGAGAUGAUGCAGAAAAAAAACCUCACAUUCGGAGGGAAGCGCUCUUCUCUGCUGUCACUGAGGGUCCGUCGUGCGUUUGAGUGGCGCUGUUUGGUUCGAGCAGAUGAGUAAUUCUCCAGGGUCGACUGAGCCCAGCGCUGGUUUGAUUUCAAAGCAGGGGAGGAAGUGUGGACUCGAUUCCGAUAUGCUUCCAGCUCGGAUGGGGUUUAUGCCCCACUGAAAAUCGUAAUAACUCUUCGUGUUUUGGCUCGAGGACGCUGCAAACGGAGUUGUCAUUAACAAACCUCCGUUGUUGGUUUUUUUGACGCCCCCCCCAAGCACUUACAUCGCAUGAAAUAUGCAAGGUACAAAGCGGCGUUUGAGCGUAGGUUCAACUGAUUUUCACGAGUCUUCCACUCUUGCGGAACAGUGUUCAGCUCUGUUUGUCCAAAACAGAAUAAAUCGACAGUCUUCCUACUCCACAGCUGUUGGUUAACAUUGCUGUUUCUACUCUGACAUAGGAGAUCAGGAUGCGGACGGAGGCCGGACUGUUGGGUCAUUUGCAGCUACAUCUAUCCUAAAGAUGAUCAGAUGGGCUUCUUAAUCGUUCAUGAGUCAGACUAAGAUGCUAAAGAUGACAGAACAGCCUCAAUGUUUCCUCCAGUGUUGCAUAUUUGCACAGGAACUCCAUCGAAUAGACUAAUUCUGAGACCUUACUCACACUGGGAAUGAGGAAUUGGUUUGAUACUUACAGGAUUGUGUCUAUUAGAGAUGAAAGAGAUGAAAAGAAGCUAGAAGACAGGUGUCUCAUCUGGAUAAAAGAAAAAAAAUCCGUGUUGACCCUUGAGUUGACUUGGCUCUGCACCCCCCCUACACACACUUUCCCUCCAACGCCUCCAGUCUAAUUCCAUGCUGCGGGCUGGCAAUAAAUUGCUUAUUUAUUUAGGUGCCUGAGCGUGACAUUGUGGGAAAGUUGUUAUUGCGACAACGUGAAGACAGAUUGGUCGGCCCACUUUGCGCUCUCCUCCAGAGGCGCCGUCUCCGCUGAAGGACACCGCCUGGAGUCCAGACUCGGCUGGCGUUACUUAGAAGGCAGUAAUUGUCGUGGUAGCAGAGGCCACGAGGUGACCUCCUGCUCCCCCACAUCCCCGCUGCGCUGUCGUUUUGUAUUUACAGGGACCAUUUGGGCUCUAACCCGCGCUCGGAGGCAGGCUUUGUUGUGGUCUGGAAGCAGCCUCCAGUAAUAAGGAUCAAUUAAAGGACUGCACUUUCUUUUUUUAUUUAUUUUUUUUUUUGCUGACGCGAUGUGAAGGUUGGUUUUGUAUCUUUGUGUUGACUUAUUCAGGUAUUGGAAUACUACUGUAGAUGUGUGUUCAUUAGAGAUAUUUUCAGUCUUGUAUCCACUAUUAGCUGCUUUGGAAAAUCGUUGACACCAAAACAGCAGAAGUCAUUUCCAGCACUUUUAGAGUUUUGUUAGCACUACUUGUUUUAGUUAUUUAUUAGAAAUGGGAGAUCUAGUUCUGCUCUAUGUUGAUGACAUAGUCUUAUAUUUGAGAAACUUGACGUGCUAAUUAGCACCUUCUACUUAAUCUUCAUACAGUCCCACUCCAAUCAUCUUUUGGUCUAUUUUAAAAGUUAAAUUUUCUACUUUUAUAAAAGUAGAUUUUUUUAAAACUCGUUUCCACUGAGCGGUACAGUACAGUAAGGUCCGGUUUAGCAUGUGGGGUGAAGGUAACUACUAUAACAAUGGAGGUUUUUUUUCCUGCUUGGUUUUUGGUUCUUCAUGUAAACAAAACAUUUAAUGUUGUUUGAGAGAAAAUGAGCAGAGAAGAGGAAUAGAGGCACUUUUGUGGUGCUUUCUUGUGUCAUAAUGACCAGUUUCAAUGCUAGCUUCAUGCUCCCACUUUUCUAUGGAUCCGAAACCAACAGGGGCCAAAAAAUGGUACGAUUCAGUCUGACUUCAUUGAUCCAUUUUAAAAUGGAAACACUGAAAAUACCAGAUUGUACCGUAUCACUUAGUGGAAAUCAGGCAUUAUUAAUGCUGUUUUUUUGGCCAAAAAAACAGUUUUCUUGGACAUGUGUUCGGGAUUAUUUUCUACUCAUGAUUCAGCAUGAUUUGAGUACAGAAAUACUCAAAAAUGUAGUUUUAAAUUUAAAUUAUUUUAUGCAUGUCCUCCAUAUUGAGAAAAAUGCUAUGAGAACAACACGAUUUUCAUUGGAGUGGGUCUUUAGCACCUUUUGGAAAUAAUCAAGAUCAUCAAAUUAGAAAACCAACAUUAUUUUUUUAGGUUAAAUGUUAAUUAAUAGAGUCUGUCAGUUUUUUUUUUGUUAAUAAAAUAAUCCAUUUAAUAAUAAUAAUAAUGAUUUUAAUAAUAAUAAAAAACACUUCUCACCCAAGCGUUCAUGUUGUAAAACUUGAUAUUUUAGUGAAAAACUAAAAAAAUCUAGAGGAUCCUAGAUGUUUGUUGCAUUCUCCUUGGUGUAUAAAUAAUUUAAGCUUCCUAUAUGGGGAACCUUUUUUACUUUUAACAUAACAUCUUUUAUAUUUUACUGCAGGCUUCCUGAUUUUGUGCUCCUUGCGUCAGCUGUUCUUCCUCUCUGCCCUCCUAAUGCUUCUCUGCCGUGACUCUAACCACUAACUCCGCUCACAUCGCCCUGCAUCUCUUGUACUACCAGCACUGAGCUUUUCAAUAUUUCAUUGCUUGUCAUUUUUUCCCUAAAUUUUAGUUUUUUUUGACAAGACUGUCCACAUUUAGCUGCCCCUCCCAUCUCUUCAUCUAAGCCAUCCUUUCUUCAGCAAGGGCUCUCAGUUUUCUUUGUAGACAGACACACUGGAUGAACAGAGUGCUGGAGGAAAUCCCUUCAACAUCACAGAAACAAAGAAAACCUCUCAGACCUGAGGGGGGGGGGCACUUCCUCAAGAGAACCAGUAGAACGAUUGCAAAGAAGGAGCUUCGCCCUCCAGCGACACUUUCCGUAAACUGUCCCAGACUCUGCUUGGGUGACAUUUAGCUCUCCUCUGGUUCUCAUUGGUCUUUUUUAUUUCCUUUGUAACCAUGUUUUGAACUGUCAAACUGCAUGUGAGUCGUACUAGCUCCUCCCACAGUUCGACCUGCUCGAUGUUCAGUCGCCCUGCAGCUGAUGCAAGAUGAAGGAAGACGUUUUUGUGGAUCCGGCAACUUUUUGCAGUAAAACGCCACAAACGUUUAUUUGUCACUUUGAAACAAUGUCACAUAUUUUUGCAAAACUUGUGUUCGUGUCCAUUCCUCAGCCACACGACAGGCAUUUUUUACGCUGUUUGUUGCACAUGACUUUUCAAGAAGCCUUCUGCACUGUGUAAAGAGAUGAUGCUCUUGGUGGGGAAGGAGAACAGGGGGUGGGGGGUGGGGGGGCUGAUGAGAACAGUCCAAUGGUUUUCAAAUCUUGUAAAUAAUACGUUUUCAUACCGCAAAAAAAACUUUUUUGAUAAUGUUUUAAAUGUUUCUGUAAAAAAAACAAAAUGUACAUACAGUUGUGGGUAAAAAGGAGUGUAGACUAUAUAUGAAUUUAUUUGUACACGAGAGCACUGGGUUUCUUUACUACUUGAUUGUAACUAAAAUUAAUAAUCUGCCAAAGUGUUUUUACUUUUUUUUUCUCCUGUUUGUACCGAUCUUUUUGAGUUUAGCUUAACAUCUCAGCGGACUCUAGCGCCCGCUCUGUAAUUCUGUUGCAUUUAAUUUUCUGGCUGUUUUUCAAGAGAGAGAGAGGGGGGGGGGGUGUUUUUAAUUUAUUGGUGCCUUGUUUUGUGCUCCUGUAUACUUUUACACUUUCUGUUUCUCUGUGUUGUGUGUCUGUGAGGGGGAGGGGAAGGGGGGGUGGGGUGGCGUAGGGUACUAAAGGGGGAGGUGUUAAAAAAAAGACUUAGCAACUUCUGUACUUACAUGGAAUAUCUGUACUGUAUGCCAAAAUGGUCUCACACGUUUCUAUGAAAUCAAGUUGUUGAUAAAUAUCUCUAUAUAUUGAUAUAUUAAAUUUAUAAAAACUCUGCAACC